AUGUCGGUAACCAAGAAGCUCGUAACAAAGGAAGUAAUAUCGCUCCUUUCUCAGUUUACUCCCUGUGAUGUCAGUGACUCUCUCAACAAACAUGGCGUUUCUGACGGUGGAUUUAUUCCCAAUUUGGUUAACCAAUCACCUGUUGGAACCGGUAUAUCCUCUGCGGUAGGAAAAGCAUACACUGUUCUCUAUGCUCCUAAAUCGGACCCCCGGCCAGCCAUCAAAGAAUCUUAUAUCGAUUUAGUGCCCGCAGAUAGUAUUGUAGUAUUAGGAUUGCCACUUGAAGCUCAAACUGUGCAAGCACCAUAUGUUCGAGUCAAUAAUGCUCUCUAUGGAGGACUUAUGUCUACCAGAGCUCGCUAUCUUGGGGCCAAUGGGUCGGUAGUUUUGGGUCGUAUCCGAGAUCUCGAUGAACACAACGCCUUAAAGUAUCCCGUAUGGUCCUAUGGUGUUGGUACUAGUGCACCAGGUCCAUUGGUGAAAGUAGUAGGCAUCAACGUACCUCUUGAAGUCAAAGUAGCUCUGUUGGAUGAAGAUCAUAAAGUCCUCACUAUCAAUCCGGGAGACUACUUAAUUGCAGAUAAGAAUGGAGUUGUUCGUCUACCAGAUGAUGAGCAGUUGCCCAGCAUUCUAGAAUAUAUCCCGAAGAGAGUCGAUGCUGAUACAAAGGUGGCUGAAGAUAUUCAGAACGGUAAACCCGCUAAGGAAUCUCAAAACUUGUGGAGAAGCAAGAUAUAG